GCAAAGCGUUUCAGUAAGUACAGGCAGAACAUUGAUCUCAUUCGAUUAAUUAAAGCAACUUAGCCGUUUGAAAUCUAUAUCAAGACGCAAGUGCUGUUGCACCUCUUCGCCCGUGGGUCAGAAGUGUAGCACGCUUAAAGAACAACCAGAGGGGAGCCAGUAAGCAUACCGCAGUACUUUGCUCACCAUUUCAAGCUGUUUACUGGAGGCCAUGGCAGACCUUGGCAUCAAAGCAGGAGAUAAGGUGAUGUUUGUGUGGUCUCAGCCCUCAUCACCAGUCACCUUGAAAGAGUUGGCAGAGAACCUGAGAUCGAUUGUUGGUGCAGAUGGCACAAUGUCAGUGGAGAAUAUGGACAGACUACUGCUGUCCUCUCAUGUAGAUUCAACUUAUGACUGGGUCCUGUCCUGCCUUCUCACUGAAAGCUCCCCCAUCCAUAGCUCGGAGACACUAGCAGAGAUGGCCAGAGUCCUCAAGCCUGGUGGGAAGCUAGUUCUGGAGGAAGCAGUCACAGGAAUGGAAAGCCAUAUUGUGAGGACUUCUGAGAAGCUAAUAUCAGCUCUGAAGCUGUCUGGAUUAACAUCAGUUACAGAAGUCACCAAAGGAGAACUGAGUCCAGAGGCGUUGAAUGACCUCAGGACCACCACAGGUUAUCAAGGAAACACACUGUCGAGGAUUCGCGUGUCUGCCUCUAAGCCUGACUUUGAAGUGGGAUCUUCCAGCCAGCUCAAACUGUCAUUUGCAAAAACAACGCCUAAGCCAGUGAAAUCCAGUCUUGAUCCCAAAAUUGCCCAAAUGUGGACUCUUUCAGCAAAUGACAUAGAUGAUGAUGAUGUGGACUUGCUGGAUUCUGAUGCCCUGUUGGAUGAAGAUGAUCUGAAGAAGCCUGACCCAGCCUCUCUCAAAGCCCCCAUCUGCGGACCAGGGGCUACCAAGAAGAAGGCCUGCAGGAACUGCUCGUGUGGUCUGGCUGAAGAGCUGGAGCAGGGUAAUGAAGGAGCCAAGACGACCAGUUUACCCAAGUCAUCGUGUGGCAGUUGUUACCUGGGUGAUGCUUUCCGAUGUGCCAGCUGCCCGUACACGGGGAUGCCAGCGUUCAAACCAGGAGAGAAGAUUGUGCUGGACAACAAAACCCUGAUAGAUUCCUAAAAAUCUGCAGCAAAUCCACAUUUCAUGCUCCAACACGUUAUAUCAUCUACAUUCCAUCAAGAAAUGUACAUUCUCUGCAGAAAUGUUGAGAUUUUUACUGGAUUUGCUUUCAAAGGUUUUUUGUUGUUCUCUUUAUCAAGCACAUUAUCAACAAGAUUUGAAAUGUUUUGCACUGGGUGUUAGUGAGACAGCUUGUGUUUGAUGGUUUCAUUGUAAGCAAGAUGCUGCAUAAAAGUCUUCAGCUACUGGGCAGUAGUCAUGAUAUUCUUAUGUGGCAAGAGAAGUUUCUCUCACUAUGAGCCUCUCAAGUGGACUGGUGAUGCAGCCUAGAAAAUUUAACAUCAAAGUCAACAAGGAAGUGCUCAUAAGAUUUAAAAUAGGAGAGCUCAUUCAUCAUUAUUGUGAUUUUAGUUUUCCCUUUGUUAAUUAUACAAAUUGGUGUAAUUAUUGCAAGGACAUUCUGGAGGAAUUACAUAUAGCACCUUCAGAACAAUUUAUUUCAUGUGUCAGGGCUUUUCAUUAGAAGUGUAGUUUAGAUCCUAUCAAGCAGGUCUUUUCAUUAGAAAUGUUGUUCAAAUCCUAUAAAGCAGAAAUCUACUACUACUAUUAUUUUCAGCUGCACCCGUUAGGGGUUACCACAGUGGAUCAUCCAUUUCCAUCUCCCUUUGUCACGCAAACCGCCUGCAUUUCCUCCCUCACCACAAGCAACCUCACCUCUCAAGCAGAAAUAUUCACCAUAUUUUGGAAAUUUUGAGAUGAGUUUCCAUAAAAACAAGUGCACAAACUGUCUACUUCUGAAUCAUUCUGUAUUGAAAGACAUUUUGGGGAAAAGAACUUGUUGCAGUGACUUUUUGCAACUUUAAAGUUCUAAAUAACAUUUAUUUCAGCUUUUGACAAUUUUUACAACAACCCAUGAUGAGAUGGCAUAUUCUCCUAAAUCUCACAACAAUAUUUCUGUUGUAAAAACUACACUGCAAGCUCAGCUGUGGAUGGUGCUUAAAAAUAACAUUUGUAUUAAACUGAAAUUUAAAGCAUUAAUAACUUUGCAUUUGACAUAUUAAAGAACAUUAACAAGGCAUUGACACUACUCAAUAUCCAAUAUGUUCCUCAGAGUGUAGCUGUUUGGAUGUUAUAUGAAACUUGCUUCAGAGAACACUUUUCAUAGCGGUCUUAAAUGAGUUAUCAAACCAAGGGAAACACUAAAAAACCUAAAACUAAAAGGCUUUCUGUGAUAUUACCCCACAUUUUUUGGCUUUGCUAGAUGAGAAGCAGGAACUUCUUUUUUUUAUGCUGGGUUUAACUACAGCUGUCCUAAUUUUUGCAUCCCACUGUAUCCACAAUAGGAACACAAAAUUGGAUGCUGCAGAAUGAACCCAAAUGAAAAUCUGACAUCAGCUAAAUGUAUAGCAU